AUGCAAUCGACAUCCGUCGUCAUAUUCAUCGCGGCUCUGGCAAUUGUUACUGUGCAAUAUUCGGAAGCACAGUAUCAUCCUAUGAUUGACCUGCGUGAAGAGGAAAACUCGGACAAUUCAUUCGUGCUCGCCAGCUUUGCGGAACGUGGAGAAGGAGCACCAACCUGUAGUAGAACUGUUUGUUGCACUGACAAAUGUGUGCAGUGUCUUACGCCAACGAAGACACCUCGUCUCGCUUUCUGUAAACAUGACAAAGGUCUUCAAAGUUUUGUUGGCUUUAAAAGUGCCGAAUCUUGCAAACAGGGCACUACUCUUAACUAUAAUGUGAUUGGCCAUGCUCUUCAUGAAACUGAUGUUUGCGAUCCAAAAGAGACACAAAAAUAA